AUGUUCCAUGUACAAUUCAUAGCUGAGUAUCAUGCAAAAGACACAAAAGACAAAGCUCGUUGUUCCCACCCCCCACGCUGUCGUUCCACGACUUUUCUCACUUUCUCAUUCUCUCUCUCACUCUCUCUCUCUCUCGCUCAUAUUUUUUUUUUUAAUUUCUUUUUACCUUUCUUUGCUUUUUCUUUCUUUCGUUCUUGUCUCUUUCUUUCUUUCUUUCUUUUCUUUCUUUCUUUUUUCGUUCUUUCGUUCUUUUUAACUUUCUUUGCUUUUUCUUUCUUUGUUGUUUUUUUCUCUUGCUUUCUUUCUUUAUUUAUUUUCACUUUCUGUGCUUUUCUUUCAUUCUUUUGUUCUUUCGUUCUUUUCUCUUUCUUUCUUUUUCUGUCUUUCUUUCUUUCCUUUUCCUUUGUUUACUUUUUCUUUCUGUCGUUCUUUUCUCUAUUUUUCUUUUCCUUUCUUCCUUCCUUUCUUUCUUCCUUCUGUCCUUCUUUUCUUUCUUUCUUUAUUUGCUUUUUCUUUCUUACGAUCUUUUCUCUUUCUUUUCUUUCUUUCGUCCUUUUCUCUUUAUUUCUUUCUAUUUUUUCUUUUUUUCUUUCUUUCUUUCCGAAAGGCUCACGUUUUUCUUUCUUUAUUCUUUUUGCCUUUCUUUUUACUUUUUGUUUUUUUUUUUCUUCUUUCCUUUUACUUUUGUUAAUGUCAGUUUCUUUUUUUUUUCUUAUUUAUAUAUUUUGGUCCUUCCAUUGCUUUUUCUUUCUUUUUCCUCCCUUUAUUUUUUCUUUCUUUCUUUCGUGCUUUUCUCUUUCUUUAUUUUUCUUUUUUAUUUCUUUCUUUACUUUCUUUCUUUCUUUUUUUCUUUCUUUGCUUUUUUCUUGCUUUCUUUCGUUCUUUUUUCUUUCUUUCUUUUUUCUUUUGUUUUUUCUUUCUUUCUUUCUUUCUUUCUUUUUUUCUUAUUUUUUUUCUUUCUUUCUCUCCUAA